UGCAAGAAUUUGCGAUACCACGAGGCCAUUCCUAAGAAAUGUCUCAGCUGUUUCAGGUUUUUCAGCGCUGGAUACGCCACAAUGGGCGCUACCUUCUCUGGAUCUGGCCGAAAACCAUCGUGAUUAACCACGAAAACUGGGCGUAUACUGUUCCGCGUCUACCCGUGGAAGUGACUAUAUACCUCGUGCCCUUCGCGUACAUGCCGACUUUCGCUUCAUUAUGUCAUACUCAAAGGACCCUUCGGCGACAUGAAGGUUCAGCCAAGAAUUCACUGAUCAAGAUAAUGAAAGCCCUUACUUACCUUUACCUAUCCCAGAUGCAGCUGAAUGCAAUAGACUUCUGGCUGGAAAAGCUUCAGCUUUCGGCUUAUAAUAUUUUUGGCAUCUAAGUAGCGUGGUACAAAAUGUACUACACCCCAUUUGAGAACCUAAUCACUAUAAAUGAAUCCCUGACGCAUACAUUUCUUUAGGCUUAAUAACGUUAAUGUUGCAAGUAUGAAUAAAUUAGAAGCUAUCAUUUACGUCAACACGUUUCAAUAUGAAACGGAUAAUAAUGACUAUAGGCUGUAAGUUUUGAUUAUCAGAGAAAAUUUUGAAAGAACGUCUAUUUUGACGGGCGAGAGCCACCAGUUCUUAGUUGAAAAAUGUUGUGCACUACCGGAGGAAAAAGAUUAUCAACAUUAAUUCUAUAAAUAUUAUUAUCGAGUAGACAUAAAUAUUUCCGAUUAGGCUAUUAAUAUUAAGCUAUGUUAAAAAAAAAAAAUUACAGAGUGUACCGGCCUACACCGUUUUCAUUAUAGAGAAUAUACAGUUUUUCGCGUUUUUAUAUAUCUAAACACCAUAUUUAAAUGGAUAUGACAAAAUCAUUGUUUUGUUAAUAGUUAUAAAUCAAGCGAUACACUAAUAUCUAUCAAUGUGAAGUUAAAAAUUAAUGGCUAGUUUUGUUUUUUCACGCUUCGAUUCGUGUAAAUAACAUAAAAAGA